CGAAAUGACAUGUUAUGUCGAUGUUGAAAAUAUAUAACUUUCUCAUUGUAUCUUUCGUUAUUAUAAGACAUUGCCUUUAAAAUGCCAUUGUUUAGCAGUAAAUUCUCAACAAAGACUAUUCCUGUAAGACGUCAAGAUACAUCAGUUAUAAAGAAUGAGUUUGGGAGUGACUACGCAGCAAAGGAAUUAUCUCUAGAUAUUGCUCCUUUGAAAUUAAAAUUAAGCGACUUCGAAGUCUCUUUUGUAGAUGGACACUGGAUUCCAGCUUCUGGUAAAGCCGGUGCGACACACAAAGAAAACUUACGUCUGAAAAGAGAAUUAGAGCAACUAGAAGAAGAAAAUAAUAUGUUACGGUUGAAGUUUGAAAUACUCCUGGACAUGAUGACGGACAAGACUGUGGAGGCUGAACAAGUUGAGCUACAGAGGGCCCAGAGCUUAAGUAAUUUAAGUAAAAAAAGUAAAAAGCAGCGGUGGUAGUACUUCAAUUAAUAAUACUUAAGAAAUAUUCUAUAGUUACGGGAUAUUUGUAUUUUUAUAUUAUUACUGUAUAGCAGGGGUCCUAUCGUGAUCGUGAUUUUUCUUAUCAAAACAGAGAGCGUAAA